AUGCCACCUAAAAUUAGCGGUAAAGCUGCCAAAAAAGCGGGCAAGGCGCAGAAGAAUAUCUCAAAGUCUGACAAGAAAAAGAAGCGCAGGAGGAAUGAAAGUUACGCAAUUUACAUCUACAAAGUACUGAAGCAGGUACAUCCCGAUACGGGUAUAUCCAGCAAAGUGAUAAGCAUCAUGAACAGCUUCGUCAACGAUAUUUUCGAACGUAUCGCUGCGGAAGCAUCCAGAUUGGCACAUUACAACAAACGUGCCACGAUAACUAACAGAGAAAUUCAGACAGCCGUACGCCUAUUGCUACCGGGAGAAUUGGCCAAGCACGCCGUCAGCGAAGGUACCAAAGCCGUAACCAAGUACACCAGUUCAAAAUAA